AUGAACGAUCAUUCCAAGGCCCCGAAUCACAGCCGCCCUCUACUAUACAUCCCCAACACACUAUGGACGCGACUCUUCGCCUCAACCGUCAUCACGGAAACAGUACUUACUGUCGCAAUUGAAAGCUGGAUCUUGAUCAGUCUAUGGAACAAUCUCAGCGACGACGGAAAGAGUCAAGGACCACUGCGCCUCCAAUCAUUCCUCGGUCUUUUCAUAUUCGCCCUGCUUUAUGAACUCGCCCUCUCGUACGAUGCUUUGCGCCGGAAAAAUACAAUUCAAUUGGUUGGGCUGUGCAUCUGCAACUUGGGCCUCUUGACAUAUGGCUUCCUCCAAAUGCAGGAGAUCCAAUCAACCAUCAGCAGUAUGGUCCAGGACGACACCCUCUCCGACCACCUGUUGAAGGUAUACCGGAUCGAACUUAUCAUUGUGCCGAUCAUCUUGGGUGUCGGGACAGUGUGUAUGAUUUUCUUUACAUGGAAAUUGCGGGCCGAGUUCUCCUGGUCCAUCUACAAAAACAUCAGCGCAGAUCUGCAGAUGAAGCGCCGAUACCUCACCUACCAGGUGUAUAUCUCUCUGUUGAAGUUUGACUUUUUCUUCGUGUUUGGCAGUCAACUCCAAGUUCUCCUCGUUGUCACCGAGGCCGAGGAUGCCGAUUUUAUCCUGAACGCCGCCUUGAUCCCGAUCACAAUCGCAACCUUGGUUUUGUCCGCCCAGUUCUGCAAGCGAGAAAAGAGAAAGUCUCUCCUUCUUAUGAUGUUCUUCAUGCUUAUUAUCAUGGCCUGCUUUGCCCUCACCCUAGUCCGCAUGCACAGCCCCUCAGACAGUGCCGAUUUCAAAUCUGUCCGAAUAUCUCUGACGCUGUUUGCCAGUGUCUCGCUCUUAUUGAUGUUACUCACGCUCAUCAACUCGGUGAUGUGUAUCGUCAAUUUCAAUAAAGGGCUGAAGCCUCACGUCAAUCCCACCAAAAAGCGACGCAAAAACUCGGUUGCAUUGGAACUCCAGGAGAGUGAAACUCCUACACGGUUCUUGUUGACCUAA